UUUUCUUUGUUUUUCUCUCACCCACCAUGGCCAUAUGUCAGUUAUUUUGAGUAGCCUGUUUCUGUAUGUUUUUUUCUUCAUAGUCCUUUUGCCGGCAAAUGCCUUCACUCAUUUUCUCUCUCUUUUGACCAAAAAAAAAAAAGGAAAACUGUAUAUAUACACUUGUAUACAUAAAUUCUUUGGUGGGUAUUUAUUGUAACUUGUUAAUCUUGAUUACUUUUUUUUUUCCUCAAUGGAUACUGAUGAGGAAAGACCCCUUGUUGAAAAUUCCAAGAAUCAAGAACCAAUUGUGAAUAAUGAAAGAGAUGUUCAUAUUUUAAGCUGUGCUUUUUUAUUGAUUUUCUUGGCUUAUGGGGCUGCUCAGAAUCUUGAAAGUACUAUUAAUACGGAAGGAAAUUUAGGGACUACAUCACUUGGGAUAUUGUAUUUGUCAUUUAUGGUUUGCUCAAUAUUUGCUUCAUUGGUGGUAAGGAAACUUGGGUCAAAGAAUGCUUUGAUUCUUGGAAGUACUGGAUAUUGGUUAUUUGUAGCUGCCAAUUUGAUGCCCAAUUGGUAUACCAUGGUCCCAGCUUCUUUAUACCUAGGUUUUGCUGCUUCUAUAAUAUGGGUUGGGCAGGGGACAUAUCUUACUUCCACAGCACGGAGUCAUGCAAAUGAUCAUAGCUUAAAUGAAGCAGUAAUAAUUGGUAAAUUCAAUGGUGUAUUCUGGAUGAUGUUUGCACUUCAUCAGUUUGUCGGAAAUCUUAUCACUCUUGCUUUGAUGAGAGACGAAGAGGGAGGAAGCACUAGCGGCACAACUUUACUUUUCUUAGUUUUUGUGUGUACCAUAACCCUUGGUGCCGUUCUAAUGUGCUUCUUAAGUAAGAGAACUGGUAAAGAGGAGGCAAGACAACAAGACUCCUCCGCUAGUUUUGUUUCUUCUGUGGCAACUUUGUUAAAGUCUAUCAUGACCCUUUUACAAGACAUAAGAAUGCUCUUGAUCAUCCCUCUUAUUGCAUAUUCAGGCUUACAACAAGCAUUUGUAUGGGCUGAAUUCACAAAGUAUAUCGUUAAGCCUAUAAUGGGUGAGAGUGGUGUUGGCGGUGCAAUGGCCAUAUAUGGGGUUUUUGAUGCAAUUUGUUCUCUAGUGGCUGGGAAUUUUACCUUUGGUCUCUCAUCUAUCUCGAUAAUUGUCUCCGGUGGAGCUUUAGUUCAGGGUGCUGUAUUGGUAUGGAUUCUACUGACUCACAGUGCAACUGGUGGAGUCCUCGGCAUACUAUAUCCACUUCUGAUUGCAGCCUUGUGGGGCAUAGGCGAUGGAGUCCUGAAUACCCAGCUAAGUGCAUUGCUCGGGAUACUCUUCAAGGAUGAUCUGGAAGGAGCAUUUGCCCAGCUUAAGCUUUGGCAGAGCUUUGCAAUUGCCUUAGUCUUUUUCCUCGGCCCCUACAUUUCAUUGCAGACAAUGCUAGUGAUUAUGUUCGUUGUCCUUUGCUUGUCGGUGGUUGGAUUUCUUCUCCUGACUCUGAAGAUAGAAAAAGCAUUCUCGUAUCGAGCUGCCUAAGGCGAUGCCAGCGGGACAUUUUAGUGUUGUAUCAACUAUGCUAUCUUCUAGUUCUGCAGUGUUGUAUUUAUAUUUGAACCUGCCUGGUGCAUUGUUUUCUGUUCAAUUGAAUUUUCAAGAAAUCUAUUUCACAAUAUCUAUCUUGUGUCUGCUGUUUUCUGUUCA